AUGAUUAUUGAUAGUGGAAGUACAGAAAACUAUGUUUCUGCCAAACUAGUUGAGAAACUUGGUUUACCUGUUACUCUUCAUCCAAAACCAUAUUCAGUUGGUUGGAUAAAUAGUUCUUCCAUUCAGCAGAUCACUCAUCAAUGUUUGGUGAGGUUUUCUUUCCCUGGCUAUUCAGAUUAUGUUUUGUGUGAUGUUAUUAACAUGACAACAACAUGUUUAUUAUUGGGAAGACCAUGGCAGUAUGAUAUUCGUGCUGUUCAUAACUGCUAUGAGAAUACUUACACCUUUGUUCAUGAAGGUUUCACCGAAGUUUUGUGGCUUUUACAAUCUUUUUCUUCACUCAAAGAACCAACAGACAAGAAGACUACUGCGUUGGUGGCUAUAAUUGUUCAUUCUUUGAAUACACAUUCCCUGAGCUCUCAUGAAGUUACUAAACCAAUGGUGGAGAUUCCAGACAAGCAUGAUAUAUUAGAAGGUCAGGUUGAUGAUUUGUUACAAAAAGGUUUGAUAAGACUUGGCAAAAUUCCUUGUGCUAGUCCAACCUUUUUAGUAGACAAGAAAGAUGGUGGAUAUCGUAUGUGUAUUGACUGUAGAGAUUUAAAUAGAGUUACAAUACCAUAUAGGUUUGAUAUACCAAGAAUUGAUGACAUGAUUGUUAUGCUUUGUGGUGCUAAAAUCUUUACCAAGCUUCAUUUAUGUAGUGGAUAUCAUCAAAUACGUAUCCGUGAAGGUGAUGAGUGGAAAACUGCAUUCAAAACUAAGGAAGAUAGUGGUAUCUCUAUGGACGAUUCUAAGGUUAAGGAAAUUGUGGAAUUUCCCACUCAAACAUUUAUACGUGAAGUAAGAAAUUUUCAUAGGUUAGCUUCAUUCUAUAGAAGAUUUGUGAGAAACUUUAGUACAAUUGCAGCUGGUUUGACAGAUUGUUUGAAGUGUGAUACUUUUGAAUGGACUGAAGAAGCAGAUAAGAGCUUUAAUCUUCUUAAGAAAAAAUUGUGCAGUGCACCUGUUCUUGCUAUUCCAAACUUUGAUAAGACUUUUGAGAUUCAUUGUGAUGCUUCUGUUGUUGGCAUUGGUGCUGUGUUAUCUCAAGAAGGACAUCUAGUUGCAUAUUAUAAUAUUGAAAAGAAUUCAGAUACAAGGAAGAAGUGGUCUACUUAUGAGUUGGAAUUAAUUGCUCUUGUUCAUGCUCUUAAGAAUUGGCAUCCUUAUCUUAUUCACAGUGAGUUUGUUGUCAACACUGAUCAUCAAGCUCUCAAGUUUUUGAAAAGUUCAGCAAAGGAUUUAUAUAGUAAAGACAACGAAUUUAAGCAACUCUGGGACAAGUGUGGUUCUUCAACAGGAAAUGUUGAUGAUUUUCUCAUUCAAGAAGGGUUUCUCUUUAAAGGAAAUCCUUUGGUUGAAGAACGUUAUUUUUGGCCUUCUAUUAAAAGAGACGUUCAAAAGUACGUAGAAAAAUGCAUGGUUUGUCAACAAUCUAAAGGUAAUAUUCAAAACACUGGCUUGUAUACUCCUCUACCAAUCCCUGGAGCUCCUUGGGUGGAUAUUAGCAAGGAUUUCGUGCUUGGUUUACCACGUACUGUGAGGGGAAAUGAUUAUAUUAUGGUAGUUGUUGAUCAUUACUCAAAGAUGGCUCACUUCAUAUCAUGCAAGAAAACAACUGAUGCAUCCAAUGUUGUUUAUUUAUUUUUCAAAGAAGUAGUACGUUUGCAUGGAAUUCCCAAAACAAUUACUUCUGAUCAAGACACUAAAUUUUUGAGCUACUUUUGGAAGUAUUUAUGGAUGCGUUUGGGAACUAAACUUCAGUAUAGUACCACUGCUCACCCUCAAACAGAUGGACAAACUGAAGUGGUCAAUUGA